AUGUUGAGAAACUUGUCUAGAUCGAUGCGAGUGGCCCGUGCUGGCCCAUCCUGCUCCGUGAGAGCACUCACCACCAUCGGACUUAAUUCGUCGUUGGAGUCUUACCCCACAAAUCACGUUGAGGCUGGUAGUGAGCCAUACUUGACUCCAUCGUUCUACAAUGGUCAGUUGGUCAAAUCUGAGUCCACCACAUGGUUUGACAUCCAUGAUCCUGCCACUAAUCAGGUGAUCGCCAAGGUGCCACAGUCUACAGCGCAGGAGUUGGAGGACGCCGUCACUGCUGCUGACGAGGCAUUCCACACUUGGAAGAACUACUCCAUCAUCAAGAGACAGGGCAUUGCAUUUAAGUUUGUAGAGUUGUUGAAGAAGAACCAUGACAGACUUGCCGCCAUGAUCGUUUUGGAGCAGGGUAAGACCUUCCCAGACGCCAAAGGUGACGUUUUGCGUGGUUUGCAAGUGGCGGAGGCUGCCUGCAAUGCUCCCAACGACUUGAUGGCUUCGUCAUUGGAGGUUUCUGCCGACAUGGAGACCAAGAUGGUUCGUGAGCCACUCGGUGUUGUGGGUUCCAUUUGUCCUUUCAACUUCCCAGCCAUGGUGCCAUUGUGGAGUUUGCCUCUUAUCUUGGUCACCGGUAACACCUGUGUCCUCAAGCCCUCCGAGAGAGUGCCAGGUGCAGCCAUGAUCAUUGCCGAGUUGGCAGCUGAGGCUGGUGUUCCUCCUGGAGUGUUGAACAUCGUUCACGGAAAGCACGAUACCGUCAACAAGAUCAUCGAGGAUCCACGUAUCAAAGCUAUAACUUUCGUUGGAGGUGACAAGGCCGGUAAGUACAUCCACGAGAAGGCUUCUGCUUUGGGUAAGAGAGUACAGGCCAACCUUGGAGCCAAAAACCACUUGAUUGUGUUGCCAGACGCAGACAAGAACCACUUCAUCAACGCAGUUAACGGAGCUGCAUUCGGAGCUGCAGGCCAGCGUUGUAUGGCCAUCUCAGUACUUGUCACCGUGGGACCCAAGACCCAACUGUGGGUCGAGGAGGUGGCCAAGGAUGCCUCUCAGUUGAUUGUGGGGUCAGGUUUCGAUUCCAAGUCCGACUUGGGUCCAUUGAUCAACCCCGAAUCGUUGACUAGAGCCAGAGAGAUCAUUGAUGACUCCGAGAAGGCCGGGGCUACCGUUUUACUCGACGGUAGAAAGUUCAGCCCAGCAGAUGACAAGUUUGCCAAGGGUAACUUCUUGGGUCCUACCAUCUUGACGGGAGUCAAGCCAGGCAUGAGAGCUUACGACGAGGAGAUUUUUGCCCCAGUGUUGUCUGUGGUGAAUGUUGAGACGUUUGACGAGGCUAUCGAGUUAGUCAACUCCAACAGAUACGGUAACGGAGUGGCAUUGUUCACGCAAUCUGGAGCAGCUGCACAGAAGUUCACCAAGAACAUUGCAUGUGGACAAGUUGGUGUGAAUGUUCCAAUUCCUGUGCCAUUGCCAAUGUUCUCUUUCACGGGUAAUAAGGGUUCUUUCUUGGGAGACUUGAACUUCUACGGUAAGGCCGGAGUGACGUUUUUGACCCAGCCCAAGACCAUCACCUCGUACUGGAGAACCAGCAAUGUUGACGAGAUUUUGAAGCCAUCCACAUCGAUGCCAAUUCAGAAUUAG